AGAGGAGCUGGGCUGGGUUUCUGUAUCAGCAGCUAUUUAACAGAUGCUGACUCUGAGGAUCAUCAGUCAGUCAUGGGUCGUCCUGGGAUUCAGACGUGGACAUGGGCACUGUGUGCCUUCUGGAUGUGUGUGAGCCGAGCACUGGCUGGGCCGCAGUACAUGGUGACGUUUCCUGCAGUCCUUGAAGCUGGAGUUCAGACCAAACUGUGUGCAAGUCUCAUGCAGCCCAGCGAGACUCUGCUCAUGACCGUCACUUUGAUGUCGGAACGUGAGAACACAACUCUUUUCCAGCGGACGUCCAGCGCAGACUUUCAUGAAUGCUCUCAGUUUACGACUCCUGCAGUGCUCAAGGAGGAGGUGCAGAAUGUGGAGGUGAAGGUACAAGGCGACACGUUUAACUCAAGAGAGGUCAAGAAAGUCUUGAUCAAAGCCUAUAAACCAAUGACAUUCGUCCAGACGGAUAAACCAAUCUACCUCCCAGGACAAACAGUGCAUUUCAGAGUGGUCACACUGGACACCAAGUUUAGAAAUUUUGAUCAGCUGUACAACAUCAUUGAGAUCGAGGAUCCUCAUAAGAACAGGAUUGGACAGUGGCUGAAUGAAGCAUCUGAUGGUAAAAUACUGCAGCUUUCUUACUCCUUGAACUCUGAGGCCCGUGAAGGAUCCUACCAAGUCAUCGUGUCCAUUGGUGAAGAUAAAAUACGUCACACCUUCAAAGUGGAGAAGUAUGUUUUACCUAAAUUUGACAUAACACUAAAUGUAAGUGAGGAAAUAAGUGUUGGGGAUCAAGAAAUCAAUGCUACAGCAUGUGCAAAUUACACGUUUAGACAGCCUGUGCCAGGAUAUGUCACAGUUCAGAUGUGCCGACCUCUUAAUCGGUAUCUUUCUCGUCCUGGCCUCGAGGAUGUAGAAUUAACUCCUCCCUGUCACAAAGAGACAAAGCAGGCAGACAACAGCGGCUGUGCCACUUUUUCCUUCAACAUGUCAACUUUCACUAAAAUUGCCGGAAAGGCAUUAGAAGAUGUGCUUGAUGUCACUGCUGAAGUGGAAGAGGAGGGAACAGGUAUUUUUCACUUCCAAAAGAGCAGAAAAAAGAUUUCAUAUGUUAUUGGAAGGCUGUCUUUCUUUGACACACCCAAGAUUUUUGAGCCAGGAUCAGUUGUGGAAGGAAAAGUUAAAGCAGUUUACUUCAAUAAUACACCCAUUCCUGACAUGCCGGUGUACCUGUUUGAGGGUGAAUCGUGGUCGUCGCGGCGACUGCAGAAUCUCACCACUGACAGCAGUGGUGUUGCCAACUUCUCAUUAAGCACAGAGAACUUAAAUGGGGAUAUUCGCCUCCAUAUAAGCAGCUCACCAACACUGGAGUACGUCCCAUAUAAAACUCCUUUCUAUGAGUCUGGAUCUCACACGCUGUCUAUAGCCCGACCUCCAUCUCUUGACACUAAAACAGUCAGCUACCUGAAGGUGAAGGCGAAUGAUGAAACACUUGCCUGUGAUGCAGAGGCGGACAUCACCAUCCAGUACGUUGUAGUGGGAGAACGCCAGGACACUGUGGAUGUCAUGUAUCUGGUCUUGUCCAGAGGAGCCAUCGUCAGUCAAGGACAUAAACAGGUUGAAUUGAAAAAUAAACAAGUGGAUGAGGGUGAGGUGUCCUUUAAGUUGCUGGUGUCUCCAGAGAUGGCUCCAGAGGUCCAGAUUGUGGCUUUUGUUGUCCUCCCCAGUGAGAAUGUGAUCGCCAACAGUGCCGACUUCUCCACUGAGAAAUGCUUCAGUCACAAGGUGUCGCUGGAGUUUUCACCGUCCUCAGCUGUCCCAGGAGAGGACAUCAACAUGCAGUUGAUGGCAAACCCAAACUCUCUGUGUGGUGUGAGCGCCAUCGACCAGAGUGUCCUCAUCAAAGAGCCAGGGAAGACUCUGAAUGCAGAAAAGAUAUUUAGCUUGUUGCCUGUCAGGAAGGCAACCUUUAUCCCAUAUCAGGUUAAAGACGCCACAGAAUGCCUGCAUGUGAGACCAAAAAGAUCCAUUUUUCCCUUUCCUGGUCAGGAUACAGACGAUGCUCACACUGUGUUUGAGAAUGUAGGACUGAAGGUGGCAACAAACUUGCUCAUUGAAAUACCUUCAUGCCUCCAGUACAGAGGAAGAGAAUACCAUCAUAACCGCUUUGGUAUUGUUUCAAGGAGGCGAGGCUCUUCAGCACCCAUACUGGAAGCAGCACGUGGAAAAGUUGCUGCUCCUUCUUCUCCUGAUGCUGCACCAAUAGAAACAGUUCGCACCUUCUUUCCUGAGACUUGGAUUUGGGGCCUAGUGGAAGUUGGAUCAUCUGGAAAGAAGAACGUGUCCCUCACUGUCCCAGACACCAUCACCACCUGGGAGACAGACACUUUCUGUUUGUCUCCUCAUGGUUUUGGUUUGGCUCCUCGUAAACAAAUCCCCGUCUUCCAGCCCUUCUUCCUGGAGUUCACGCUGCCCUACUGCAUCAUCCGGGGGGAGUGGUUUGAACUGAAGGCAACUGUUUUCAACUACCUGUCAAGCUGCAUCAUGCUCAAAGUCACACCAGCACUCUCCUCAGAUUACACCCUCACCCUCCUCCCUGGUUAUGAGUACACUUUCUGUCUGUGUGGCAAUGAGCGCAAUACCUUCAGGUGGAUCAUGAACCCCACAACCUUAGGAGCUGUGAAUGUGACUGUGAAAGCUGAGGCCGUGACAUCUCCUGAUUAUUGUAACAAUGAGACAGUGAGCGUCCCAGACAGAGGUCGCAUCGACACCGUCUCUAAAUUUCUCAUAGUAAAGGCCCAGGGAGUUGAGAAGACAGAUACGUAUAACUGGCUGCUCUGCACCAACGGUCAAGCUAUCACAGAGGAAAUAGAGCUACAACUCCCUGAACAUGUGAUUGAAGGAUCUGCCCGCGCUUUAGUAUCAGUCCUGGGUGACAUCCUCGGCCGGGCCCUGAAGAACAUAGAUGGUCUUCUGAGAAUGCCUUAUGGAUGUGGAGAACAGAACAUGGCGCUCCUGGCCCCUAACAUCUACAUCCUUCAGUACCUAGAAAACACAAAGCAGCUGACUCCAGCCAUCAGAGAGAAGGCUUCCAACUUCCUGACCAGUGGCUACCAGAGACAGCUAAACUACAAACAUCAGGAUGGUGCAUACAGCACAUUUGGUGCAGGAACAGGAAACACUUGGCUGACUGCUUUUGUGGUGAGAUCUUUUGCCAAAGCUAAAUCAUUCAUCUACAUUGAUCCCACAACGAUUGAACAGUCCAGGAAGUGGCUGGAAUCAAAGCAACAAGAAAAUGGGUGUUUUGAACAGUCAGGAAAACUUUUCAAUAACAGAAUGAAGGGCGGUGUGUCUGAUGAGGUGACUCUCAGUGCAUAUGUCACUGCUGCCUUCUUGGAAAUGAAUGUGUCUGCAAAGAAUCCUGUGGUGAAGAAGAGCCUGUCAUGUCUCAAGGAGUCCAUCGGUAAUUUGAGCAACACCUACACCACAGCUCUGAUGGCGUACGUCUUCACCCUGGCAGGAGACAUGGAGACCCGUGGUCUCCUUCUGGAUCACCUUGACAAGGUUGCAAUCAAAGAAGGGGGUUUCCUGCACUGGUCUCAGAGAUCAGCAGAAACAUCAGCCUCUCUGUCUGUGGAGAUCAGCUCCUAUGUGCUGAUGGCCAAACUCAGCGCCUCCCCGACUAAUGAAGAUCUGGGCUACGCCUCGGGCAUCGUGAGGUGGUUGACGAGGCAGCAGAACUAUUACGGAGGCUUCUCCUCCACACAGGACACAGUGGUGGCUCUUCAGGCUCUGGCUCUCUACGCCACUCUGGUGUUCAGUCCUCAGGGUUCAAGCACAGUGAAAGUCCAGUCUCCCAGUGAACAGCUGACGUUUAACGUGAAUCAGGACAACAGACUGCUCUACCAGGAGAGAAUCCUGCAGGACGUGACUGGAAAGUUCAGCCUGGAGGUGGAGGGCACCGCAUGUGUUUCAGUGCAGAUUUCUCUUCUCUACAACAUCCCACCUCCUGCUCAGUCCAGUAAUUUCAGUGUGGAGGCUACAACAGAGGUCAACUCCACUGGGGUCAGACCCAAGUUCAUUCUGAAGCUCAAAGUCCAAUACAACGGAAAGGAGAGCAGUACAAACAUGGUGAUCCUGGACAUCCAAGUACUCUCUGGAUUUGUCCCAGACUCAGAGUCUUUGAAAAAGCUCAAAGAUGCCGUGCUGGUGGACCGUGUUGAACAAAAGAAUGGUGGCGUUCAGGUGUACAUUAGAGAGUUAGCACAGAGCACACCCGUCUCCUACACCUUGGAGCUCAGAGAGGACAUCCCAGUGCAGAAUCUGAAGCCUGCUGUGGUCAAGAUCUAUGACUACUAUCAGCCAAGUGACCAUGCUGAGACAGAAUAUGCCUAUCAUCAGAAAGCUUGAGGAGAGACGUGGGAUCAGUCCUGAGGUCAUCACUGAAUCCAGUACGAUGUUAAAACCAGCAUUUCAUUAAAGAUUCAAUUUCAGUACAUUGGAUAUCUCAUUAACAUGUACAAACAGUGUAACGUAAUUGACUGUUAGUAU